UGCUGUACAAGAAGGGUGACCGGUCCAACUGUAACAACUACAGGGGGGUUUCCCUACUGUCUCACGUAGGCAAGGUCCCCAUCCAGAUCAUCACCAACCAUCUAAGCGCCUUCUGCGAAGCCAACAGCAUCCUCCCGGAGGAACAGUGCGGAUUUCGACCCGGGCGAUCCACCGUCGGCAUGCUGUUCGUCGUGCGUCGCCUCCAGGAGCUGGGGCGGAGAAAGAAAAUACCGCUUUACAUGUGCUUGGUCGACUUGAAGAAGGCGUAUAUUCGGUGGACCGAGAGAUGCUAUGGAAGGUGCUGGCCAGGACCGGGAUUCCCGCGAAGCUGAUCGAAGUCAUCCGCCAAUUCCACGAUGGAAUGCGGGCCCGGGUGCGCAUGGACGACGGAGAACUAUCGGACUGGUUCUUCGUGACACAGGGCGUGCGACAAGGAUGUGUGCUAUCCCCACUGCUGUUCAACAUCUUCUUCGCCGAGGUCCUCGAGGUCGUUGUCAUCCGAUUCAGCGAGGAUGAUGUUGUUCUGCGGAGCCUGGUGUGCUUGGAGGAGGGGAAGACGGAAGCCGAGGGGGGGGAGGAGACACCCCUUGACCGAGUACGGAGGGCAGUAUGGGGGAUGCUGUAUGACGAUGAUGCCGACGUCGUAUCGAGGUUUGCAGAAGGACUGGCGAGAAUGAUGACCAUCAUUGUUGAGGUGUUCGGGGAGUUCGGGCUAACGGUGUCGGAAAAAAAGCCGGAAGCGGUCUUGAUGUGCGCGAAGGACAAAGCCGACUACAACAUCACAGCCCCCCCCGCCUCCACCGCUGACCAUCGNAGUACGGAGGGCAGUAUGGGGGAUGCUGUAUGA